CGGGAAUUCUGGAAACAUUUGAAUUAUGAGUUUUUCCUUGAAACCGGACGUGGUGGCCUUGGUUGUUUCACACCUACCAGUGGACAUAUGUCCUCUUCUUCCCCACCUCAUUUCUCUUGACCUCCUCUUCGUUCCUCUCUACUCUGUAUCGUUAUCACGACCGUUGCGGUAACCAUCCAACACCGGAAAGCUUUCUCUCUCUCUCUCUCGUUUUGGUCUUCUAAAAUUUUCUUUCCAGCCCCUUCCAUCUCUCUGCUCCCGAUUGGCCUGUUGGCAAAGCAUUCAAUCAAAGGUUGGCGUUUUUCCCCUUUCGUUUCAAUAAUGAUGGAGAGGGCUGAUUCGAGUCAAAAGCUAUAUACAUCUAUGCGGCUAUGGGAAUUCCCAGAUCAGUAUGUUGUUGAGCCCACGGAUGGCUCUUCUGGUUCCUUCUUGGCAAUCAGUCGUAAUGAUGGCUCGAUGAAUCUGAUUGAUGAACUUCCAGAAUGCAACUCUGUUAGGGUUCCUAGAAUUCUGACAAUUUUUGGAGUAGUAGGGAUGCUGAAGCUCUUGGCAGGGUCAUAUUUAAUAGUGAUUACAGAGCGUGAAUGCAUUGGAUCUUACUUGGGACAUCCCAUCUUUAAAGUUUCAUCCCUAAAGAUUUUUCCCUGCAAUCAUUCUCUUGAAAAUUCCCCCGCAGAACAGAAAAAGAUGGAGACUGAGUUUUCCGGGCUGCUAAACAUUGCAGAGAGGACCUCUGGUCUGUAUUUCUCAUAUGACACCAAUUUAACACUGAGUGCACAGCGAUUACAUGAUCUGGGUGACGAGUCUAAAUUGCUUCCACUUUGGAGACAGGCAGAACCUAGAUUUCUUUGGAACAACUAUAUGUUAGAAUUGCUCAUUGAUAAAAAGCUUGAUCCAUUCUUGCUACCUGUUGUCCAAGGGAGCUUUCAUCACUUUCAAGCAGCCAUUGAGAAAGAUAUCAUUGAAGUUACUCUGAUUUCUAGAAGAUGCUCAAGGAGAAAUGGCACUCGGAUGUGGAGAAGAGGAGCUGAUUCGGAUGGUUACGUUGCUAAUUUUGUGGAAACUGAGCAAAUUAUACAAUUUAAUGGGAUUUCAGCAUCAUUUGUUCAGGUUCGGGGGUCAAUUCCAUUGCUUUGGGAGCAAAUUGUUGAUUUGACAUAUAAGCCCAAGUUUGAAAUUGUGAGACUCGAGGAAGCUCCUCGAGUAGUUGAGCGGCAUUUUUUGGAUUUGAGAAAGAAAUAUGGGGCUGUGUUAGCUGUUGAUCUUGUCAACAAGCAUGGAGGUGAAGGACGCUUGAGUGAAAAAUUUGCAAAUGCAAUGCAGCAUAUUGUUAGUGAUGAUGUAAGAUAUCUGCACUUCGAUUUUCAUCAUAUCUGCGGGCAUGUUCAUUUUGAGCGCCUUUCAAUCCUUUAUGAGCAAAUUUCGGAUUUCCUUGAGAGAAAUGGGUACUUUUUGUUGAAUGAAAAGGGUGACAAAUUGAAGGAGCAACUUGGAGUCGUGAGGACAAAUUGUAUUGAUUGCUUGGACCGUACAAAUGUUACGCAGAGCAUGAUCGGCCGAAAAAUGUUGGAAUUCCAACUAAGAAGACUUGGCAUUUUUGGUGCUGAAGAAACUAUUAGCUCACAUCAAAAUUUUGAUGAGAAGUUUAGAAUUUUGUGGGCUAACCAUGGGGAUGACAUAAGCAUUCAAUAUUCUGGCACUCCUGCUUUGAAAGGAGAUUUUGUUAGAUACGGCCAAAGAACAGUCCAAGGGAUCCUUAAAGAUGGAUGGAGUGCCUUGACACGCUAUUAUUUGAAUAACUUUCGUGAUGGGACAAAGCAGGAUGCAAUUGAUCUCCUGCAAGGGCACUACAUUGUUUCUGUCAGCCGAGAUCUAACUCCCUCAUCCCAGAAAAGAGGCCUUGAGGCUGUAGCUUCUUUUCCGCUCGCUUUAUUGUUGGUUUUAACUGGGUUCCUUUUGACAACCAUGUCGCUGAGGCAAGCUCGCUACGAUCUUAAGCACUUCUUCUUUUCAUUCAUGUGGGCCAGUGCGAGUAUAACAAUAGCAUCAUUUGUGAGGGCCAAUGGCAGGAUUUUCUGUAAUCGGCCUAGUCUGCACAAGCCUCGUUGAUUCUGUGUCUGACACUGAAUUUUUGUGAAAGUUGUUAUAUCUAUUUAUUCAUACUAAUUUUUUUUUGUAGUCAAUUUGUCAUGAACGAUUGGUUGGUUCUAUCAGUAAGUUUCCAGAUACCCCAUUUAAGAAGUUGCUGCUUUGGGAUGAUGUCCGGGUUAUUUGUCGUUUGUAUAAUUUGAUAGCUACUUGUUAUAAUAUUCUUCUGUGGGAAACAAA